AUGUACUGUCGACAAGACUCGCCAUCAUCAAUGAGUGAUAUGCCUAUGAGAAAGUGUAGUACUAUAGUACCGCCGAACGGUAACUACAUGAUAAGGAAGCAUAGUAUGCAGAAAAAUGAGGCUUCAAUGCGUAAGUGUAGUACUAUAAUGCCACCUAACAGUGAGAUGAGGUCGAUGGCUUUGAACGAUGGCCCUAUGAGUCAAGCUCAGGGUAUGACCAUGGGUCAGGCGUCACAAGGUGUGUCGAUGAACCAGGCUACGACUCAAGGUAUGCCAACGCCUCAAACAUCACAAGACCUAAUCAACCCAAUGAUGUCACACGACAUGCCUAUGAGGAAGUGCAGUACCGUAGUAAACCCUCAAAGCGAGAUAAUGAGGAAGUGUAGUACUGUUGUUGUACCUAAUGAUCUUCCAAUGCGCAAGUGCAGUACAGUAAUCCCUCCGAUGCGGAAAAACUCACAAAUCGACGUACAAAGAAAAAACAGCGUGAUACUGAACAACAUAGAUGUACAGAGAAAAAACAGCAUGGUACUGAAUAGUACUAGCUGUGAUAGCACUAUCAGAGCCCCUAAUAGCUAUAACAACCAAAGUAACUACGCUAAUUAUAACUCAACAGCUACCUACAACAAUAUUCAGAGCUCAGCCUACAAUACCCAGUCUAAUAUUAGUUCUAGCAACAGCCCAAACCUAAAGCCGGUAGGCUCAGCUAGUCAAGCAGGAGGUAUUGCUGGUACAGUACCUGCUGGAGGGUCCAUGGGGAGCAUGCACAGUAAUAAUGUUAAGCCUUAUGGCAGUCAAACCCAUCUUCAAAGUUGUGGGCAACAACAAUAUAGCCAAAAUAUGACAUCUCCACAGCCCGGAAUGGUCGCUAAAAGAAGUGACAGCAUGCCUGACUACAGUAUGAACAUGCAGACGGGCUUAGGGCAGAGUAUGGGACAAGCUACUCAUAAUAUGGGUCAAGCUAAUCAAGGUAUCAGCCAGCCUAAUCAAAAUCUAGGCCAGCCCAACCACAAUAUAGGCCAGCCAAACCAAAAUUUAGUCCAGCCAAACCAAAAUCCAAGCCAGCCUAAUCAAAAUCUAGCCCAGCCCAACCAAAGCAUGACCCAACAGCACAUGCAGAUGAACCUCUCCCCUCACAAUCAACAGUCAUCACACUCCCCUAACAUGCAAGCAAACUACAGUAAUGACCCCAACAGUCAAAACAGCCUGUACCCAAACUAUGUCCAAUCUGUCGAUGCUAUGAGUAUGCCACCUCCGACCAACCUACCAGCUCGAAUUCAACAAUCACCCAAAAGUUUUAGCCCUCAACAACCGAGGAAGAGUCCCCAAGCGGUUGGCAUGAAACAGGACUCGCCUUAUGGUCAACAUGUUAGUCCGCCUACGGAUAGUGCGGUAGGUUUGAAUGCUAAGCUUAAAAGUAAGACUAGGUCUAGAGCUUUGGACUUGGACUUUCGACUAGAGCUUUGGACUAUGGCUUUGGAUUAGAGCUUUUGAUAGGGCUUUAAACUAGGGCUCUAGACUAGAGUUCCAGACUAGAACUUUAGGCUUAGGUUAAGGCUAGGGAUAGGGUCUAGAAUCUAGAGCCGGCUAAGGCUAAGACUAAGACUAAGGCUAAGGCUUCAAUCUGGACCGGACGGUCCAGGAAAAACACACAAAGAACGUUCUUUAACUUUUCAUAAUGUCAAAUUUUGUAGAAUUUCCAAAACUCAAGUCCCAAUAACAUUUCAUCCAUGCAACGCAAGGUUAGUGUGGCUUCUAAGCCGGCUGCUAUGGAGUCAACAAUGGUUCAACAGGCACCACAAUUGCAACAACAAGCACAGUUAUCAACGUCAAUCGGGAGCAUGGACUACCGGCCAAUGGAAGAGUAAGUACUGUAGUAUGAUUAUAAAGUGAUAAGCUUUGUUUUCUACUAUGAAUAGUUCAGGUUAGGCUAAUCUUGCGUUUAGUAAUGCGGUUCAAACCAGUGGUUCUUUUUUAUUUUUAUUUACUUUACAUUCUUCAAGCGUCUAUAAUUAAAAUUCGGGAGAUGUAGAUUGAUUAGUAGUUUUAUGCCGUAGAUUGUAACGUAUUGUGCUGAUGUGGAAGGAUGUUCAAGGUUCAGAUGAAGAUCAACGGAGCUAUCCUUGAGUCUGACGUUUCCCAUAAUUGGGCGUCUUCCCAGGUAUUUCACUGUUACUCGCUUCACUGAGUCGUGGAUGAGGUGCUCCAUAAGACUCCUGGCGUUCAAUCAUGUACUUGUGUAGGCCAAGUAUAGAUGUGCCUAGUCCCCGUGCACUGAGCACAACCCAUUUCUCAAGGCGCUUAAGUUGAUCGGACGAGGGUCGAACCAAGGUCUUUCCGAGUAGCAAGCGGCGCUAUAGCCACUGCGCUACCAACGCACACCAGCGGUUUUUUACUCCAGCUGCAACUUGAGGCUGGAGUUGCGCUAAGUCUGUUUAGUAUUGAAAUUUAACGUUUUCUGGCGGUUUUGGCUCCGGCUUUAACGUCAGCUUCGGAACCAGAGGUAUUUCCAAUGUAGUCAGAACAAUAUAAGCCUAGCAAACUUAAAAAAACACAACUUUAUUUUUCUAAUCAUAACAUUGAUAAAUUAAAAUACCACACAGCAAUUGUAAUUAAUUGACUCUGUUUAUUGCUUGCAAAAUGGGUUGAAGUUGUUUUAACUGUUAACACGUUUUGCUAUCAACAACCACUGUUUAUAUACCUGACUUUUGUAUUUUAUGGAGAUAGCUAUACCAAAAAAGUAUCUCUUCUUGCUACCUUGUUUUUCUGUUUUAGAUUACUUUGGUAUUUAAACGUUUUUUAAAGUAAAAAUUUUUUGAAAGUUUGUGGCUUGAUAUAACAUGUUUGUUCAACGUAAUUACUAGGUUUGUAAUGACAGCGUUGUUUUUCUGGUAAUCUUUAAACUUUGUUUUAUGGCUGAAAAGGUCAUCAAAACAAAGUAAUUAGUUGUAGACUCAUUAUAAGUUUGUGUCAAUUAUAUUGUGAAUUAGACAAGCGUUUUUUUUAAACAUACAGCAAUCAAAACACAAUAAAAUUGAGUCAAAAUUAGAGCUGAAGCCGAAGCCAAAGCCGGAGCCGUGUCGUAAGCCAAGCUGCGCCAAAGCCAGAGCCAAAGCCAAAGCCAAAGCCUAGACCCAAGCCGAUAAGCCAGAUCCAAAGCCAGAUCCACAGCCGGAGCCAAAACCAGAGCCAAAGCCGGAUCCAAAGCCGGAGCCAAAGCCGGAGCCAAGCCGGAGCCAAGCCGGAGCCAAGCCGGAGCCAAGCCGGAGCCAAGCCGGAGCCAAGCCAAAACUGUGCUAAAAUCAGAGCCGUGUUAA